AUGGAGAUGUACCACGUCGUCGGGGCGCUGGUGCUGGAGUGUACGGUUAUCUACUACACGGAGGGACGCAUCCGGACGUCGUCCCCGCCCUUCUUGUUGGGCCUCUACUGGCUCUCGGCUGCCGGUACAUUUAUCUACGUGCUGCUCUGUGUGUGGUUCAGCAUGUACGCCUCCAUCUCUUCGCACAGUUUCGGGGUCCGGCUCUUGACGCGCUUCAUCCGUCUGCCGAUCCCGGGAAGCCAGCAGAUUAAUGCUCUCAAUGCUCGGCUUACCGACUUCGAGCGACAAGGAAGGAAGAUCAUGCGCAUCCCCUUCACAAAGGACGUGCCGCAGUGGCAGCAACGCAGGGACCUGAAAGAUCAGCCAGACGCGACCCUCGGCAUGGGAGAGGGAGACGAGAACUUCAUGACCGCUGUGGUACAGACCGGGGCCAUGAAGCAGCAGGACCUCUUGGAGGAGGGCGUGCAGGCCUACCAGGACGAUGAGGUGGGCCUCCAGCAGGCUGCGCAGAACCUGCCGGGAAAGCACAUCCGCCUCUUCCGAGAGCUGCAAGCGAAGUGGCAGUGCUACGACGCUUACGCUCGUGUCUCCAUGUCCCUUGGCGUGAACCACAUCUGCAUGACGAUGUCCUACUAUGUGAUCGGCCUCACGGUGCUGGAGUAUCGGUCGCCGUCCAUCAUGUUUGCCCUGGUCCUGGUCUUCCAGGCCACGAACCUGGCACUGGCAUGGCUGGACGUGGCCGGCCUCAGAAGGAAGACGAUCUCCUCGCUGGAGGUUCUGGGCUCGGUGUCCGGGGCCGAGAUUUCUCUCAGCUCUGCCUGUGGCUGGGAAUCCGUUGUGGACGAACAACCAGGCAAGGCCGCCCACAGCAAGGCAUCGAUCUUCUAUGGAGCGGACGAGUACCUUGAGGAGCUGAAGAAGAAGUACGAACAUGACCACGAGAUCGCAGCUCUUAAGAACGCUCUGCCGGGCGAGGGGGACCCUAACGCAGCAGGCGUUGCCCAGAGCAGCGACAAGAUGCUCUCCGUUCAGAAGAAUGCCGAGAACAGGAGCCUGAAGACCAAUCGGCUCUUCCCGACUCCGAAUAAGCCAGACCCGAUGCCGCAGAACUUGGCAUUCCUCUUCACCAAGAUCACGCCGGAGCAGAUGAUCUACAUGUGGAAUGUCCUUACCGCAAUCUUCUUCACUCAAGUGAUGAUGGUGAUCGGCUACUGUGCAGCCUUGGCUUGCUUCCCGGACUACUGGUGGACCUGCACGCUCUGCUUCGGCCUCCCGUUCUCGUACAUUGCCAUCCAGAAUAUCUACAUUGAUCACGAUGUGAUGCAUGGCGCCACCUUCCCGGUUUACGAGUGGCAGCGCUUCUUGACACAUCCAUUUGCUGAUUUUUUCAGCUUGCCGUGGGAGGAAUUCGUCCUGGAGCACAACAGGCAUCACGCCUCGACGGUUGACCUGCUGAUCCAGGGUGAGUUCGGCUGGGACCCCGAGGAGUUCCACUACGCCCUCCAGCAGUGGGCCGGACCGUGGGGCUCCAACUGGUACAAGUACCUGCUCACGGUCCCCUUCAUCCCCGUUAUCCAUUUCUUUGGCCUGAACGAUACCGGCUCCCUCUUCGCCUUGGAGUGGUGGAUGCACUUCCCCGACGAGGGUGCAGGUGGUAAGUGCAACAAGGAAUUCUGGAGCAAGUGGGUUCCACGCCGCGUCAAGCACAACGCGUUCGUGCUCGGCUUGUGGACAUGUGUGUGGUUGCUCGGCACCUACCCUCUGGGACGUCCUCUGAGCGAGGGCUGGCGGUUCAUGUUCGCAGUGUCCUUCUUCGCUCGCGUCGGCUACUCUGCGGCCUGGAUGUUCAUCACCAACUUCACUCAUAGCUUGCCUUGGAACGAGUUCCUGGCACAAGAUCCGGGCCGCACCUGGCCAGUGCUUCACAACGUGAUGGCCAUGGUGUUGGGUGGAAAGCACCGCUGGAACGAGAUGCUCUUCCACGAUGUACAUCACGCUUUCCCCAAUGCGGUCGGUACGCUGAGCCAGCGCGGCCGCUUCCACGGCUGGGAGAAGGUGCACGACGCUGCCGCCGAGGUUCUCCACCGCGGACUGUGGAAGCCCAAUGGUGAUGAGGAGACCCAGAUGCAGAAGACGCAGAAGAAGCGCUCCUUGAUGAUGAAGCAGGGCAAAUGA